UCCAAUGGCAAGAAUCCAACACACACAAAACUCCAUUCACCAACUAUAAAUACUAUGCCUUACUUAACUACUCUCACACUUCAACAUUAAAUCACAAAUCACAAUAUUAGAAGAAAGAGAUGGCUUGCAAGGUUCAGAAAAGGGUAUCAUUGCGCAGAAGACUUCAAAUUCUGAGAGUCCUUACCAACUCAAACAACAAUGCCAAAACUAACAGAAAUUCCAUUGCAAAGACUACUUUUCAACACAUACACAAGCUAAAGCUUGCACUCGAAACUAUCAAAAGAGAGUAUGAAAAUCUGUUAGCUACCAGAAGAGACUACACUACCCUAUUGAAUAAUGUCAAAGAUAACGAGGAAGUUAAAGUAGAGAAAAUAAGGGGAGGAACAUUUAUGGUGAGGGUAACAUGUGAGAAAGGAGGUGACAAGUUGGUGGCUAUUUUAGAGGCAUUUGAAGAGAUGUGUGUGAAUGUUGAGCAAGCAAGAGUUUCAUGUGAAAAUGGAUUUUCUAUGGAAGCUAUUGUUGUGGCUAAGGAGGAUAAAACUGUUGAUGUUAGAGAUGUUACUCAACUGCUUCUAAAAGCUAUUGGAAACCAGAGUGGAGAAAAGGAUUCAAAAGCGGUUCACAACCUUACUAAUUUCUGAAUUUUCAACUACACUGAUUUGUUUAAUCUUGUGUACCUCAACCACUUUUUUCUCUUUAACCUAUUUCAUGUUGCUCUGUUAUAUUUGUAACAGUGUUGUUGAAUGAUGACAUGAGAAGGAUAAAUAUUGUUUCGACUGCUUGGAUUCCUUCUCCAUUUUCUUCUUUCUAUUUUAAAAUAUUCAAAUAUUCAUAUUUGAUACUCACUUCGAUA